AUGGCAGAACCCUCUCCCAUCCCCACACCCCAAAUCGCCGAACCAGAACCAGAACCCACACCCACACCCGUGCCAACCACACUCCCCAACGGCACCGCAGACGUAGAAAUGGCAGACUCGCAAGCUCUGCCCGGCGAACCAACGCCCCAGCCCGCGCAAAUCUCCACACCAGCACCCGCUGCCGUCCAAACGCCGACGCGCAACUCGCCGCACCCAAGCAUACCACAACAAGCGCCCGCACUGCCGAAUCCACACGGUAGUCCGACGAGAGUAUACUUGAAUCAGCAUGUAACACCGCAUUUGCUCGAGGCUCUGAAACAUCUUGCUACUACAGAGCCGGAGAAACCGUUGAAGUGGUUGAGCGAGUACCUAGCGCAGAAAAGUGCCGAAGUUGAGGGAUGACGGACGACUAAAG